AUGUCGUCUCGUGUCGGCCUUCGCUUCUUCCAGAACGCCCGCGCGGCUUUCCGCAAUGCGUCUGCUCCCUUCCGUCGGCCUGGUGCCCAGGGACGUCGCUUCCAGAGCACCGAGGCGCCCGCCGCCGAGCAGCAGAGCACGUUCCAGCGUCUAUGGAACAGCCCGGUUGGCGUGAAGACGUGGGGUCUGGUCAUUGCUGGUAUCUCUGAUUUCUCGCGUCCUGCUGAGAAGCUCUCCCUGACCCAGAACUGCGCCCUGAUGGCCACCGGCGCCAUCUGGACUCGCUGGUGCAUGAUCAUCACUCCCCGCAACUACCUGCUCGCCGCCGUGAACUUCUUCCUCGGAUGUGUCGGUGUGGUCCAGGUCGGCCGUAUCGUCAACUACCGCCGCUCCGUGGAGGGAUCGACAAAGGAGGCGCUCAAGGACGUGGAGCACGAGGUGGUUGACUCGGCAAAGGCAACUGUUGCGAAGGUGGAGGCUGUGGUGGAAAAGAAAUAG